UUCUUGAACUCUUGCACCAUAAUUAUACAUUGCUAUAUAUGCUUGCGAGAUAGCCUUUGUCGAGGCUGUCACAUUGUUUAUAUUCUUGUCUAAACAUAGGUCCUUAUUGAGGCCAUUACUUUAUUGCUCAAUUAUAGGCCUUUGUCGUGGUCAUUACUUUAUUGCAUUUUGAUAUUGAAGAGAACGGGAUCAUCGUAUGUGGAUGGAGUUGUUGUGAAUUGUUGUGAAGGUCUCUUCAUACUCCUUUCGUCCCUCUAGACCAAGAACUUGAAUCUUCCCUUCGACGGUUAAAAGGUAGUACUAGAAUAAAUCUUCCUAUUCUUGACCACCCAAUCAAUUCAAUGGAAGAAUAAAAACCUCUUCUUGGUUUUGUUGAGCCUCAAUUGGUGCCACCACUUCUAGGAAUGCCACAACCCAAUGUAGUACCACCACCUCUAGGAGCCCCACGGCCCAAUGUAGUUCCACAACCUAAUAUGGUGCAACAACCCAAUUUAGUGCAACUCCCUCUCGGAGUUCAUUUAGCGUACCUAUUUCCCAAUCCUCAAAUGAUCCUUCGAGAUCAUUACAUUCCAAAUGUCUGCAAUGCACCGACUUGUUAUCGGUUACCAGACUUUAGGGCUCACGAUUAUGAAAUAAAGCCGGGAACCAUCCAAAUGUGCCCCCUACUUAAUGGGAUGAGCCACAAAGAACCAUACAAGCACUUGGAUGAGUUCUUAGAAGUUUAUUCAACAUUGAAAAUCACGGAUGUUCCAGAGGAAGUUCUAAAAAUGAAGCUCUUCCCUUUCUCUUUUUAAGAUAAGGCGAAAUAUUGGUUUAACAACUUGGGGGCAAAUACAAUCACUUCUUGGGCUCAAAUAUAACAAGAGUUCCUUAAAAAGUAUUACCCCACAAGUAAGACCAAUGCAAUGCGAACUUUUAUUCAUGAAUUUUCCCAAGGUGAUGGAGAGCCUUUGCAUGAAGCAUGAGAGCGUUUGAAUGAUUUGCUACGAAAGUGUCCACAUCAUGACCUUUCUAAGUGGCAACUCGUUCAAUGCUUCUUUGAAAGCUUAUCCGACACUCACAAAAGUAUCGUCGAUGCUUCAUGUGGAGGCACAUACUUGCAAAAGCAUGAAGACGACAUUUGGACUCUUCUUGAAAAUAUGAGUGAAAAUUCAAUGCAUUGAUCUUCAUCUUCUCGAUUAGGUCGUAAUUCAAAUGUGGGAGGGAAGAAAAGCUCCAAUCUAUGUCCAUGGAAAUUACCGCUGAGGUCAAAACUCUUACUCAAAGGUUUCAUCAAUUUAUUUUGAGUCAAAACCCAGCAAAUCAAUCAUCCUCUUCUUCCCAUCCUCAAAAUGAGAUGUGCAUGACUUGUUCUAGCUAUAUUAACAAUAUUUCCAAUUGUCCUCUUGGACAAGUUUUACCAAGUGAGUCAUAAGAGCAAGUCAAUGCCGCUUUCACUUGUCCGAGGAGCAAUCCUUAUUCAAAUACAUAGAAUCAGGGAUGGAGAGAUCAUCUAAACUUUUCUUAGAGAAAUCAAGGAACGGGUGCAAACCCUCGUCAUCUUCAAAGUUCCCAAGGAAAGUAUGUUCCUCCUCAUCUCCAAAAUUCAAAUUCUCAAGCAUAUCAUCCUCUAUCUUAUCAUCCUCACAAUGUGAAUCACUCUUCUAACCAUCAAGCUUCGAAUUCUCAAUCUUACUAUCAUCCACCUCAAGCACCUCCUAGGAAUUCUGCCAUUGAGGACAAGGUUCUGGCAGCCUUGGGUAAUCUAGAAGCAAACACUUAAUUGCUACACUCUCAUUCCCAAUCCAUUGCAAAGCUUUGAAUCCCAAAUUGGGCAAAUUGCUAAUUUAAUGAAUGCAAGGGAGAAGGAAAAGUUGCCUAGUCUACCUGAGCCCAAUCCUAAGGCAUACUACAUGGUGGAAUCAAAUCCUACAUCAGGAUUUUUCGGGCAUGAGCAAGUAUAAGCCAUCACCACUUUGAGAAGUGGUGAGAAAGUUAAUAACAAGGUAGAGAGGCCUAGUGAAGUUACUGACCCGAUGCAACCAAAUGGUUAUCCGCUUCCUAGUCCAAAUUCUAUUCCUACUUCACCAGAAGCAAGUGGUCACAUUAAGGACCUUCCAUCAUCAUAAUCAUCUUCCUUCCAUGCAGAGAAACCUUAUGAGCCAAAAACUCCAUUUCCUCAAGCUUUGAGAGACUAUUCUCCAUUUGCAAGACAAGAAGGAAAGAUCCAUGAUAUGAUGAAAGUUUUCAAGCAAGUAAAAUCCUACCUCUUUCUUCUUGAUGCCAUUCGUCAAAUUCCACCGUAUGCCAAGUUCUCAAAAGACUUGUACACAAAAGAGGAAGAGUAAAUGUCAAGCCCCUAAGAAAGUGCUUCUUACGAAGCAAGUGAGUUCAAUCAUUAAGUAUAACACCCCACCUAAGUUCAAAGACCCCGGUGCUCCAACCCUCUCUUGCAUCAUUGGGAACCAUGAGGUUCAUCGGGCUCUUUUAGACUUAGGGUUGAGUGUUAAUCUCAUUCUUUACUCCGUGUAUUGUCAAUUAGGUUUGGGUGACCUAAAGCCAACUUCGGUAGUCCUCCAACUAGUUGAUAGAUCCACAAAACAACUGAGGGGAAUUGUUGAGGACAUCCUCAUCAAAGUCAACAAAUUCUAUUUCUCGGUUGAUUUUGUAGUGCUUGAUACCGAGCUGCUUCCCAACCCUACCAAUCAUAUUCCCAUCAUCCUCGGAAGACCAUUUCUUGUCACCGCCAAUGCUAUAAUUAAUUAUAUAUCGGGCAUCAUGGACAUAUCAUUUGGCAACAUGAUGGUCAAGCUCAAUGUUUUCAACGCAAGCCAACAUCCCAUUGUUGAAUGCGAGAGUUUUUUAGUGAAUGUUUUAGAUGAACUUGUGGAAGAGUCCCUUCCUUCUAUUCUAUCAAAGGACCCUCUCGAGGUGUGCCUCACUCACUUCAAUAUGGAUGCAUUCUACAUCGAAGGCUCCAUAUGUGAAGUGAAUGGUUUAAUGGACACCGUGGCCACAUUGGACUACCCGCCUUGGAAAACUUCAGAAGAACAUUUUCCUCCACUCUCAAGUACUUCACCAGUUCCAUCAUUCAUUUCUCUACCUACUCUCGAGCUUAAGCCAUUCCCAUUUGAUCUCAAGUAUGCCUUUUUAGGCCUGAAGGAAACUCUCUUGUCAUCAUUGCUUCAAAUCUUGAAGAUGACCAAGAGAAGGAUCUUUUGGAAGUGCUAAAAGAGAACAAAGAAGCCAUUGGAAGGAGUGUUGCCGACUUGAAGGGCAUUGAUCCUUCCGUGUGUAUGCAUCGCAUUCAUAUGGAAGAAGAUGAAAAGCCUUUUAGGGCCACUCAAAAGAGGUUGAAGCUUAACAUGAAAGAGGUGGUCAAAAAGGAAGUGGUCAAACUAUUGGAUGCCGGGAUCAAAUAUUUUAUCUCCGAUAGUAAAUGGGUUAGUCCAACACAAGUAGUUCCCAAAAAUUCGUGAAUUACGGUCGUUGAGAGUACCAAGGGUGGGCCAAUUUCUAAACGCACCACCACUUCAUGGCGUGUGUGCAUUGAUUACCGUAAGCUCAACUCCGCCACUAAAAAGGACCAUUUUCCUUUCCCCUUCAUUGAUCAAAUCUUAAGAAGAUUGGCUGGGCAAAGUUACUACUGUUUCCUAGAUGGUUACUCAGGUUAAAAUCAAGUAGCCCUAGACCCGCUCGAUCAAGAGAAAACUACAUUCACUUGUCCUUUCGAUACAUUUGCUGACUAACGGAUGCCGUUUGGUUUGUGCAAUUCCCUUGCCACAUGUCAAAGGUGUAUGAUGUCGAUUUUUUCGGAAAAAUAUCUAGAAGUCUUCAUGGAUGACUUCUCGGUCUUUGGGUUUACGUUUGAUUCAUGCCUCAAAAACCUGUAAUACCCCUAAUUUUAAAAGGAUAGUCUCGAGAUUUAUUUAUUUAUUUUAUUACAUUUUAUUUAAUUAUGUGGCUAUUUGUUUAUGUGCUUUUAAUUAAAUUAUUUGUUUAAAUUAAGUGUGUGCUUAAAUGGUAUAUUUUAAUUAUAUUGUUUUGUGUGAUCUUAUUUGCUUAAAAGAUGCGUAGUUAUUUGUAUUUUAAUUUUUAGGAUUAAAUGUUUAUUUAUUUUAUUUUUUAAAAAGUUGGAUUUGGAUAGUAGCAAUGGACCAACCAAUUGGGUCACAUGGACUACUUGGAUAGGAGUCUUGAUGGGUACGGAUAUUUACCCAUGGAUAGUUGUGUGUGUGUGUGUUUGUGUGUGUGUGUAUAUAUAUAUAUAUGUAUGGAUAUAUAUAUAUAUUUGGAUAGUUAUUAUUAUUAUUAUUAUUUGUUUAUAGUAAUAGUAAUAAUAUUAGGAUGGUUAGUAUUAUAUAUACAGUUAUAUGUAUUAUAUUAUAUAUAUAUAUAUAUAUAUAUGUAUAUUUUUCUAUUUUUCCUUUUAUUUUAUUUUUCCUUAAGGUAACAAAGUUGGGAAGGGAUUAGGAUUAUAUAUAUAUAUAUAUAUAUAUAUAUAUAUAUAUAGUAGGUCUGUGAAAAGGGUUACAAAACCUUUAUCACGCAGACAAAGAGAGUGGCAGAGAAGAGAGAAUGCAAAGAGAGAAAAUAGAGGGUUUUUGGCCAAGGAGAAGGCCGAACCAAGGAAGGAAGGAGUAGGGUUGUUCGUGGGUUAGAACCAAGCAGUAGAGAGCUUCGAAAGCAACCCAAGAGUCGCCGGAAAAGCAAGGAAGAAGAAGGUCAAGGUUUUCAAUUUGAAACCUUAAGGCAAGUUCUUCUUCUUUCUAUUUCCCUUAGAUCACGUGUUCUAUGCAUGCCCAGGACGAUUCUAGGAUCAUCAAACAAUAAAACGACCAUAUAUGCAUGCUUAAAAGGAUUAAUUACAAUGUUCUAUUAUAUGUGUAUAUGAUUGUUUGAUUUUGAUCUAUGAUGCAUGAAAACCUGUUUUAAUUGGUUUAAUUUAUGCUUAAAGGAUUAAAAUAAAUAUUUAGGAUCGUUUGAGACUUAGUACAGAUAAUUAGGACCCUUAACGGAGGAGAUCGGAGCAGACAGAGGUCGCUAGAGACGAAGAAGACGAUCUACAGCAGGAAAGAGCCGACUCAGUCCCAACUGAGUCGACUCAGUUGUUAAUCGAGCCGACUCGGUUGAGAACGAGUCAACUGGAUUGAUGAACCAAGCUGACUUGGUUGAGAAUGAGCCGAUUCGGUUGGCAAUUGAGCUGACUCCUUCUGUGAAAGAGUCAACUCGGUUGGGCUGCGACGUGGGAGUUAUGUUUUAUUGCCUAGAAUUGUUUUAAAUCUGUUUUAAUUAAUUUAAAUGGGUUUAAUGGACUUGGGAAUGUCCCAUAAUGCAUAAUAUACCUUUAUAUGCAAUAGGAUUGGACAGUAGAGGAUUUUUAAUAAACUUUUACGUGGUUUAUUGGAUGCUUUGAUUUACUUAAUUGUUUUAACAAGUUAAAUAAAGUGUUUAAAUGAUUUUAAUCAUGCUUAGGAUGAUUAGUAUAAUUUAACUGAGAUGAGGUUAAUUACUUGGGAUGUAAGUUAACCGCAUGCUAUUUAAAUUGUCAUUAUUGCUUAAAGUUAUUUAAGAAAUGUCUGUAUGAUUUAUACCAUGCUAUUUUUGGAUUAUUUGAUGUAUGAAUAUAUAUGUUGCAUCAAUUGUUGGAUUGUGGAUGUAAUACACCAUCGCCAGGAUUUGGGGACAUAUAAAGGAUGGAUUAACUAAUAAGUUAAGUUCUACCUAUUCAUGUCAGGCCACGGAACUAGUUGGAUGACAUGUCAUUGAAAGAAUACGGCGGAUAGUUUAUUUUUAUGUUUUGGAUAGGAUGGAUUUAUAUAUCUAUAGAUAUGUGCCAUGAUAUGAGCUUGAGUCUUAGGAUCAGUGGUUAGGGAGCGUAUAUUGACAAGGAUGCAUAGCUGGAUAUAAUGGAUAGUUGUAUGCACUGGUAGGUCUAGGUACUCAUGCCCACUACUUGUAUGUUUUGCAUGUUGCCUACUAUAUAGGUUAAGGCCACCUUAUAGUCCAGUGAGAGUCCUUUAGUGUGUACCUAUAUAUAUAUAUAUAUAUAUAUAUAUAUAUAUAUAUAUAUAUGGACUAUAUAGUUAUUAUGGAGUUGACUAGGAUGUAUACAUGUAUCAGGUCUCUGUUUGGACUGUAGUAAAGUAGAACUUGUUCGUAGGCCUGAGCCACUAUUAUUUUUCAGGUGUUCGUCAGUUCCAGACUUAGAGAUUGUUCGUGCUGAGCAGAGACGGUCUUCAUCACUCUUCUAUCUUUGCCAAGACCGCAAGUAUGUUAUACACUACAUUUAGCUUUAAGAAGCUAAGGGAGGAAUAGUUGCAUGGCCUGCCAAGUUUGUUAGAAGAACUUAGUCGUACUUGUUUUCAGAGCUGAGAGCUUAGAGGAAACUUGCAGUUGUAUGAUUGUCUCGAUGUAUCGACAGAAAGGUAUUGGACGUUUGAGGUCUUAGGGCUUGUUUGGGCUGAGCAGAGAUGACCUUCCAUUCUACCGACGACGUAAGACUUCUUUCCAGAUAUUAGAUUUGGGUUUUUAUCUUUAGUUAUUUACUUUCGUUCGGUUUGGGUUUUUUUCAUAGGGGUCCACUAGAGAUGGAUUCCCGAGUUGUAAACUUAUGGAGUUUGGAUUGUCAGAGUUUAAAUAUUUAUAUUUGAGGAUUUUUAAUUUAGUA